UAGAACAAUCAAAUUCCUCCUAGCUAGCUUUCUCUCCCACCAAACUUCUCCAUCUUCCAUUCUUUCCUCCGCCACCCUCCGUCGUCUGACUUUCCCGGCGAUAUUGUUUACAAAGUGGCAUGGGGUGGAUGAUGCAAUUCGCCAGGCUGAAAAGGACGGCAUAAUUGUUUUUGUUUGCCAAAGCUACUUUCAGCAUCGUUUGUAACAAAUGGCUUCUUCCUUCCGAGCAUUCCUAAACAGUCCAGUUGGCCCAAAAACAACUCACUUUUGGGGGCCUGUUGCAAAUUGGGGAUUUGUUAUCGCUGGAUUGGUGGACAUGAAGAAGCCCCCAGAAAUGAUUUCUGGCAACAUGACAUCAGCAAUGUGCGUCUAUUCUGCAUUGUUCAUGAGGUUUGCAUGGAUGGUACAACCACGAAACUAUCUGCUGCUGGCAUGCCAUGCUUCAAAUGAGACAGUACAGCUCUACCAACUUUCCCGUUGGGCAAGAGGUCAAGGGUAUUUGUCGGAGAAGAAAGAGGAAGCUUCAUCACAGUGAAGCAGCUUCGGUCUGAGCUGCUUUUUGUUUCUUUCAAUUCAAUGUUUCUGUGAGUUUUACCAUGACCUGAAGAAUGCAUUCUGGACUUACCCUAUAAGCAUUCUUGUGAAAAUAAUUGUUUUAAGUGAAUCUUGAUUGUCCCUCUCAUCUAUAUGUGUUCUGGAUCUUGAUUUUGCA